GCCAUGGCGGAGCUCGUGCGUGAGGAACUCUCGGCCCUGGCCGCGAUUUUCUGCGGGCCCCACGAGUGGGAGGUGCUGAGCCGCUCAGGAGCUGGAAGAAGCAGAAUUGAUGUCCACUCAAUUUCAGUUCAUCUUGCCACCUUCAUGUUACACUGAUACUAAUAUAUUUGAAAUAAGAAGAGAACAUUCUGGGCAGUUACUGUGUCACAUGCAGUCAUCAGUUUCUCUGCAACCCUACAACCACAGGGGAUUCCAUUGUUUGCUUUGACUUGGACUUCCCAUAAAAUGACUUUCAUUGGAUUUAGUGUAUAAUUUUUAAAUUAAUUACUGAUUUUGUAUAUACAUGGUAUUGUAUCUUUGAAAGCGCAUAUGAGUUUAUUAGGGAUUUUCAGAAUUAUCAACUAAGUCUGGCUAGAAAAAAAAUUAUCUGAUGGAAAACCUUUCUGGUAACUUAAUAAAAAUGGAGUGAUAGCAAGUGUAAAUGCCAGUUAAGUCCUGGGCGCUGGGGUGUGUGAAUACAUGAAUACAUGUGUAUGGUUGAAGGAAAUAAUUUGUGAAUCAUAGCUUUCCUAGUAUUACGUGUCCCUUCAUAAAAUAGCUCAAAGUUUUCUCAUGAAAAAUAAAUUGACAUUUGAGACAAAAGUUUGAACUUCCUAGUGUUCCAUUCAAAUUAAAUAAUGUACAGCUAAUGAUUAUUUUUGGAUGCCUUUCAGAGACAGAUGGGACCGUGUUCAGAAUUCACACAAAAGCUGAAGGAUUUAUGGAUGCGGAUAUACCUCUGGAAUUGGUGUUCCAUUUGCCAGUCAAUUAUCCUUCAUGUCUACCUGGUAUCUCGGUUAACUCUGAACGGUUGACCAGGGCCCAGUGUGUGACUGUGAAAGAGAAAUUACUUGAGCAAGCAGAGAGCCUUAUGUCAGAGCCUAUGGUUCAUGAGCUGGUUCUCUGGAUUCAGCAGAAUCUUAGGCAUAUCCUCAACCAACCAGAAACUGGCAGUGGCAAUGAAGAGUGUACUUUUUCAACAAGCACGACCAUGGAUGAUGGAUUGUGGAUAACUCUUUUGCAUUUAGAUCACAUGAGAGCAAAGACUAAAUAUGUCAAAACUGUGGAGAAGUGGGCUUCAGAUUUAAGGCUGACAGGAAGACUGAUGUUCAUGGGUAAAAUAAUACUGAUUUUACUACAGGGAGACAGAAACAACCUCAAGGAGUACCUGAUUCUUCAGAAAACCUCCAAAGUAGAUGUGGACUCAAGUGGAAAGAAAUGCAAAGAGAAAAUGAUUAGUGUGCUGUUUGAAACAAAAGUACAGACAGAACACAAAAGGUUUCUGGCAUUUGAAGUCAAAGAGUAUUCAGCGUUGGAUGAAUUACAAAAGGAAUUUGAAACUGCAGGACUUAAGAAGAUUUUCUCCGAAUUUGUACUUGCGCUGGUAAAAUGAAAUGGAAGACAGGAAUCUUUUAGUAAAAUAGCAGUGUUUUUGUUGUUUUUGCAUUGGAUUUUGGGAGUGGUUAACUGAAAUAGUCACCAGGGAGCAAUUUUAGUUUCUCUGAAGCAAAAUGAUAGGCAUCAUUCUAACUUCAGGAACAAAAGCCAGUUCUGUUUUAUGAAAUAUUAAACAUGAAGAAAACUUGUAUAUUCUAAUGUUUGCCAGGAAAGACUAGGUUCAGUAGAUGAGACAUUAUUUAAAAGACACAUUCAAAAACACGGUAAAUGAACACUUGUUUUUAUAGACAAUAUUUGUUUGGAACUAUGUAAUUUUCUGGCUAAUUUUCUUGUAAUUAAAUGAUUUUUUAAAAAGA